AUGAGCACGACUGAAAUGCCAUCGAAUGACAUUCGGUUCCAGAUGGAACUCGAGUUUAUUCAAUGUCUCGCUAGCCCUGCCUACCUCAAUUUCCUGGCCAUCAAUCGAUACUUUGAAAAUAAAGCUUUUAUGAACUAUCUCCAGUAUCUCAAGUACUGGAAACAACCAGAAUACGCCAAAUACAUUGUAUACCCUCAUUGUCUCGCGUUUCUCGACAUGUUGGAUGAUGAACGUUUCCGACAGAUGAUUGCACGUGAGGAUUUUAUGACGUUGGUGCAUGGUCAGCAGUUUUAUCACUGGCAAACUUUUCUCAAUUACCGAUCGGAGGGGAACCCUGAAUUCGCGACAACAACAACAAGUACAGAUGCAGUCGAGACAAAUUAA